AACUGCGGCAAUCCGUCGCGACUAUUGGAAAUUACACCUUGGAAUUUACAAAGGUGGCAAGUUCGACGAUUAUUAUGGCGCCAAAGGAACCCAGAACAAGAGGAGCACUCCGUACGAUAUAGAUGCGGUCCAGAAGAGCAUGGUGGCCAGGACGCUGGCAUCAUCUGGUUAUACCUUCGACAACACGAUAGCAUUGAGGCUUCGAGAUAGAGCAAGUGUCAAGUGUCCCCCGAGGCCAGAUUUGGCCAGCGCUCAGAAUAUUUCCAAUUGCAACCCUUCUAGACAAAAUAGCGUCUGCCUAUUUAACUUGAGGGACGAUCCAUGCGAAACAAAUGAUUUAUCCCAAAACUAUCCGUACAUUGUGAAACAACUAAAAUCGGCAUUAGUUUAUUACAGAAAUGGUCUGGUACCACAGGAAAUAGAUACCAUUUCCAUAGAUUCGAUUCCUGAAUUAUAUAAUUAUACCUGGUCCAAUUUCUUAGACAAAUUACCGACAACGGACUUCCGAAAUAUUGAAUUGUAAAAUCAAUAAAGGGAUGCUUCUCUGAGACUUCAAAUGUGGUCCUAAUGUUUUUAAUAGUUUAUUAAAUUUUUUUAUAUUUUCUAAAUUUUAAAAA